AUGGGCAAAAUCGAGAGAAAGAGUCUCAAGGGCUCCAAAAGCACUGACAAGCGUCAGGGCAACAAAAAAAAAACACCUCGGCAGCGCAGCACCGAAGCUGUCGACCCGCGGAACUUUACCAGCUUCCGUGAGGACCAGAAGGAUUGGUCCUGGGACAAUCUCCCAGCCAUACUGUAUCAGUUCAAGCCCACAAAGGAGGAUGAGAAGAAAGAGCGGGAGCCGCCCAAGACGAAACUCUUGGGCGGCAGAUGGGUCAGAGAUAUUGAGAUCCUUCCGGAUCACAUCUCGUCUGACGUCGAGGAGUUCAGAGUCGAGGCAUGGAUGCGCCUCGACCGGCACAUCCAUUUACAAGACAUUAUUGACCGCAUGCACCCGGAUUUCGCAAUAGAACGCAACGCCCUUCAGCAACGAAACGUCAGAUUUCGCAAAGCCUUCCAUUUGAUUGCGUGGAGUUCAGGCAACAAGAUCAGUUGCCAGCUUGAGCAGGACGUCCUGAAAAGGAUGAGCGAGCAGGGCAUUGACCCUACACUCAAUUCUACUCGUGGAUUGACUCCUGGUCUCAUAAAUCCUGAGCUUGGUGAAGCGGGUGGUCGCAUCGCCCUUCCGGACAAGUAUAAACCUGAGAGACGUGGACAUCGUGGACCACGCACUCCAAAGAAGAAAAGGGAUGUGGCAAAGACCGAAGAGGACGUGAAUAUGGAUGCGCUCGACCCUGCCACUCCCAUCAGAGAAUACCUGCCUUUGACUCCGCCCCCGUCCAUGCCAGGUCCCUCGGUCAAGCCUGGCUCUUCGUUCGGUCAGAGUGCAGCUUCCCAGGAGUCGGUGUCUGCCAUUUUCAGUUCUCCGUCUCCUAUCCCAAGCUCCCCUGUUCCGCUUUCGCCUGUCUUCAGUUCUCCUCUUCGUUCUCCUGUCCUUUCUCCAGUCUCUUCUCCUGUCCCCGGUUCCCCGGUUCUUACUUCCACUGUUUCUGAGGAGGACAACCUCGACUCUCCUCUGGAGAAAACUCUUUAUGACGGAGACCUGUGCCCUUGCAAGUUCGACUUUUUGUUCAAGGGAGAAUCAAGUCAAGGACUCGACUGGCUGCAUCCUUGCGAAGAGGAAAUUUCGGGCCUCCGCAAAGAUGCGCCCGAAGUCUUGAAGGCCCGCCACCGACCACAAAUGAAGCGAGAGCACAAGGCUUUCAAGAAGGCACUACCUUUCUGCAAUACCGAUUCCCUGUACGCCAAAUUCGCCAGCAGGUUCGACCUUGACGAUAUGAUCACCGUUGUUCCAAUUCCUUGCACGACUGCGCCGCCAUCGCCGGAAUCACUAUUUCCAUCCCUCGUCUGCGAACCCAUGACGUUGCGUCCAAUUUUCCGCCCACGUCCUGCUAACGAGUGCGUAUUGAAAUGGGUAUACGACGUCGCGCUCAAUGAGUAUUACACCGGGCAGAAAUUCCUUUUCGAAAUGCCUUAUGUGGAGGGCGUCAUGUGA